GGGGCUGAGGCGGCCUGGAAUGCACAGAGGGGCUGGGCGGGAGGAGCAAAGAAGAACAUGUAAGGGCACAUCCCGGGAGCUGCUGCUCAGCACCCAGACAGAGCCCACGGGGAGGGAGAAGAGAGGGGUACGUAGUCGGGCAGGCCAGGCCGGCAGGGAACGGGCGAAGCAGGACUGGACCUAUUGGUGCUGGGGUCUUCGGGGGCCGACCGAGCAGUGCCGGAGGUCUGUCAGGCCGGGACAUAGAGAGAAGAGAGGGUGCCAUCGAGAAGGCUACAUCUAAGGCUGCGGUCAGAUUAGGGGGCAGAGGCUAUAUAGCGGACAUAGGACACAGCCAGGCAGGGCAGCCAUAAAUCGAGGGAGGUACAGUGCAAUUAGUCCUGGGGUUCUGCCCUACCAAUCUCCUGCUGCUGCUUGCGAAGUUGGCAGUGAGGGUUUCGGGGGGCCAGUUCUAAGGGGCAUGACCAGAGUGUAAGGAGAGAGAGGCAAAAGGGUUCGGAACCCCCAUGACUACAGCCACAGCUAAGGUACUGAAGGAGGGGGUGCUGGAGAAGCGCAGCGGGGGGCUGCUGCAGCUUUGGAAACGCAAGCGGUGUGUGCUGACCGAGCGGGGGCUGCAGCUCUUUGAGGUCAAAGGCACAGGCGGGCGGCCCAAGGAGCUCAGCUUCGAUCGCAUCAAGGCGGUGGAGUGUGUGGAGAGCACUGAGAGGCACAUCUACUUCACCCUGGUGACCGAGGACGGUGGGGAGAUCGACUUCCGGUGCCCCCUCGAGGACCCUGGCUGGAACGCACAGAUCACCCUGGGUCUGGUCAAGUUCAAGAACCAGCAGGCCAUCCAGACUGUUCGGGCCCGGCAGAGCCUUGGGCCAGGGACCUUGGUGUCCUAGGCUCAGUUCCACUCAUCAUUCUGCACCUCAAUUCUGCUGUCCUUUCUGCCCAGGGAACCAUGUCAGUUUCUCAGCCCCUUCUGAAACCAGGGAGCCUGAACUGUCUCUGCUGGUCAGGAUGAAUGAAAUGGACUCAGGAAUGGGCAGAAGCAGAAGGAAAUAGUGUCCAUGGGGCUUUGUUUCUUCUGGGGAGGAGAGUGGAAUGUCAGAAAGGACUGAGAAUGAAGAUGCAGCCCCUGGAGGCCUCAAAAAUGUCACUGCCUUCAGUACAGACAUAGAUGACUGAAUCAUGUCUUCAAUCUGCUCCCUCUUCUGGGUGGCAGGAGGCCAGAAGGGGUACUGAGGCCUCUCACUACUCUCAGAAGAACCCCUAUUCUUCAUGUGCAAUCCCAUUCUCUCCACUCAAGAGACUCAUCAGGCACAGCCUGGGCCUCAGUGCUCACCCAGUGAAGAAGAGGAUGUUCCCUCAACCAGGGGCUGAGUGCUUCCAGGACUAUGUGAAAGAGGCAGGUGGGGCCAGCCUUAGCCUAUUGUGCCUUCAAGAAGAGCCAUGGUGACUUUCUCUGAACUCCUCCUGCAUUUGGGGAGCAACCCCAAGGGAAUGGAAUGGAUGGGGCUGUUCCCAAUCUUUGGGACUUGCUGCUGCUUAGGUCCUCUUGGGGGGGGACCCUUUAUCUAGGCCCCUUUUCUAUACUCCCAUGACCUCAUACCUGUUCCCUCCCCAGCUGUGGUGUUAGGGUUCAGAGGCCUUGCCAUUACCAUUUCAUGCCAGUCACAGAAUGAAGAUAUCCCUGACAAAGGGUCGUGACAACA